AUGAAACAACGUAGAAAAGCAGGUGGUACGCCUGGGUUACUUAAAGUAGCGCGAUGUCCAAAUAAAACUUCGAAAAAAGGAGGCGGUAACUACGCUGUAUGCAGUAAAUGUAAAGGUUGGUACACUAAGACUAAUAUCCGCCAUCACUUUCGUGAUUGCCAAGAUGGCGCUAAGAGCAGUAAAGGUAUCUUAGCUAGAGCCCGACGCAUCCAAGGACAAAUCCAUGAACGAGCAUCCGAUGCUAUGCGUCAUAAAAUUAUCCCUUAUAUGAAACUUACCGAAAAUGUAAAACUGAUACGGUAUGAUCUUAUGAUAAUUUUAUUUGGCAAUGAAGAAUGUACUAAGUACAAAAAGCGUAACCAUGCUCAAAUCAUUCGUGGAAAACUGAGCCUAUUAGCUCGUUUCCUUGCAGUUAUGAAAGAUGUAGAUUCAUCUGUAAGUGAUUUCGCCUCAAUAUACACUCCAGAACGUUAUUAUAAGGUUAUUGAAGCAAUAAAUAAAUUUGCUGGACUAGAUGAAGAAACUGGUUUCUACAAAGUGCCGUCUAGAGCGUCUGAAAUCACAACUAAUAUUAACAAGAUCGGGCAAAUAUUUAUUAAUGAGUGUAUCAUUAGCAAGGAUCGAGUUAAGAAAGAAGAUGUAGAAAAUUUUUUAUCACUAUGUAAGCAAGGAUUUGCUAAUGUAAUAAAUCGAACUGUUAAUGAGACUCGCAUAACACAACAGCGUAAUAAAGUAGUAAAGCUCCUUAAUACAACUGAUAUUCAACGUUUCUCUAGGUUUUUAAAUCAAAGAAUCGAUUAUAACAUCGAACUUUUGAAAAAAUCAUUUUCAAUCAGAGCCUGGCGUGAUCUUGCUGAAGCUACGCUUAUUCAGUUACAGCUUUUCAAUCGCAAAAGAGCUGGAGAAAUGGAACGAUUUGAGUUAAAUGACUACAAGAAGAUUCAAUUUAUUAAGGAAGGAGAUGAAGGCUACAAAUCGUUGUCCAAGAAAGAGAAAGAAAGAGCGAAAGAAUUCGGCCAUACUGUCAUUCAAGGGAAAUUGUAUAAAAGUGUACCUUUGUUAUUGAGUACUAAAGUUCGUGAUGGGAUUGACUUCGUUAUGAAAUAUCGAAAAGAUGCUCGCGUGUCUUCAAGAAAUCCGCAUGUAUUUGGAAUCGCUGGAUAUUACAAAGAUGCUCAUUUGUGUGCCAGUAGUAUUAUGAGAAAAUUAUCAGACCUAUGUGGUGCUGAUCAGCCUAAAUUGCUUCGUGGUACAUUUUUGCGUAAACAAAUUGCGACCAAAUGCAAUGAAAUGCAACUUGAUCCUACCCAAACCUCAAAAGUAGCAGACUACCUUGGACAUGACGUUAGUAUCCAUAAAAAAGUUUACCAGCAAAGAACGAGAGCUGAUAUAUUAACUAUGUCCACGAUUUUACUCAAAGCUCAAAAUCCUAAUGACUCAUGUAACAACUCCAAAGGCUCAAUCGGGAUAGAUUCUACAAUGAAUGAAACAGAUAAAUCGAUCGAUGAAGAUAAUUCUAUCAAUGCAGAUAAUUUCAUCAAUGCAGAUAAUUCCAUCAAUACAGAUAAUUCUAUCAAUGCAGGUUCCGUCGAUUCUACUAUGACUUCAAAAAGUCAAAACAGUCAUGAAGAGGAUGUGACUGAGGAUUCGAUAGGACGCAAAAAAAUAAGUCGUAACAGGUGGAGUAGCACAGAAGAGAGGGAUAUUAGAGAGUAUUUUGCGGAAUAUGUAAGGACUGAAUCAUACCCGUCUCUUAGUGUCAUUCGAGAAAUUAAGCAAAAGUAUAAUAUUUUGGCAAAACAAAACCCCGAUGUUAUUAAAACAAAACUGAGUAAUAUUUAUAAAUUAAAUAUUGCUAAAGCAAAUAAAAACGCGAAUACCAAGAAAUCUAAUUCAUUAGAGCAAAAAUCUCACCAACCAGUUAAAUAUAAAAGUGCGUCUGUAAAUAAUUCAAAAAUCAACAAAAGUAAAUUAAAUGAAAAUUCUAAAAAAAUGAAAAAAAGUACUGAUAGAUUGAAAAUUAAGCAACACAUAAAAUAUAUAUUCAAUUCUUAUAUAAAUAAACGCCGUGUACCUUCAGCUCAAACAUGUAACGAAGCCAAAAAACAUGAUCAAGUACUAAAAAACUUGGAAGUUGAGUAUAUUCAAAGUAUUAUUCAGAAGGAAUUGUGUAGAAAUAAAUGA